UAUAGUCCGAGACAGUAUGGCUGCUGCACUUCGGCCCUCGAGUCGAGUUCUCCUGCAGGCACCCCAGAUUUCGGUGUAUCCUGGGGUGGGAGGCUCCGGCUCUGUCAGCUGCCGCUGCCCUCUCGGAGCUAAAAGAUACCUACUUACAGAUAAUGUGGUGAAAUUAAAAGAAUUUCAGCAAAAGAAAGUGGCUGUUGCAUGCAGUCUUCCUGGCACUAAAGAAACCUAUUUUAGAAACUUGAAAGAGAAACUGACCCAGAACAAGCUCAUCUUGAAGGAGGAGUUGAUAACCUUACUUCAUCUGUGUGAGUCCCGGGACCACGUGGAGCUGGCUAAAGAUGUCAUUUACAGGUACCAUGCAGAGAACAAAAAUGUCACUUUGGGGGAGUAUAAGUUUGGACCACUUUUUGUGAGGCUGUGUUACGAGUUGGAUCUCGAGGAAUCUGCAGUGGAGUUCUUGAAAGACCAGCAUUUACAAGGUUUCUUCUCAGACUCCACAUCAUUCAAUAUUUUGAUGGACAUGUUAUUUAUCAAAGGCAAAUAUGAAAGUGCUUUGGAAGUAUUGAUAGAGAUGAAAAACCAAGAUGUGAAGUUCACCAAAGAUACCUAUGUUCUUGCUUUUGCAAUUUGCUACAAACUGAAUAGCCCUGAGUCUUUCAAAAUCUGUACUACAUUAAGAGAAGAAGCUCUACUCAAAGGAGAAAUUCUCUCCAGGAGAGCAUCCUGUUUCGCUGUGGCAUUAGCUCUGAAUCAGAAUGAGGUGGCAAAAGCUGUGUCCAUUUUUUCUCAAAUCAUGAAUCCAGAAAGUAUAGCCUGCACUAAUUUAAAUGUUAUAAUCCAUAUCCAGUUAAAUAAAUUGGAAAACCUGAUAGAGACUCUAAAAAAUGCUGCAGAAGGAAAUUUAUCAAAAUUUGUGAAAAGAUGUAUGUUCUCAGAGGAAGUGCUGGCCAAAGUGAGGGAAAAAGUGAAGGAUGUGCCUGCCCUUGUGGCCAAAUUUGAUGAGAUCUAUGGGAAACUACACGUCAGUGGCCAGGUCACCAAUUAUUCUUUGGAUGCUGUGCUCUGCCACACACCCAGGGACAGGAAAUCCCACACAUUGCUGUUAAACAAGAGGAUGGUCAGCCGUCGCACCUUCCGGCCACUCAACCAGUCCCUGUUGGCUGAGUAACCCUGGUUUCAGUCCACCUAUGGAUCUGAGGGGCCUGCUUCUAAUUCACUGAAUGGUACCAUGCCGACCUGUGAGAAGUUAUGUUGCAUCACUGUGAAGGUCUAGAUGCAAGCUUGGCUCCCUCAGAAAGGCGCUUCCCUUUUGCACUGCUGAGGAUCCUUGAAGGAACAUGGUCAGUCUCCAGUUCAGCUUCUGGCACCAGAGUGGAACCCAGUAAGCACCAUCAGGAAUGAAUUUCACUACAACUGUGGACAACUCUGAUUUUCAAGGGAGUAGUUACUUGCAAAUUACAUCCUUGCUGAAUUCAGGAGGUCUAAAACCCUACUCUACCAUGUUAGAAAACAGCCCAGGAUUUUCUCAUUGCUCUGCCAUCAUAUAUAUCUAUGACUGGAGCCCUCAUUUUUCCAUCUGCAAAACAAUAAUGCCUAUGUGUAUUUGCAUAUAGAUUUGAAAUCUUCAUUCAAUGUUCAGUAGGAUCAGAUUUUCUCAAAAAUAAGAUAAAUAAGGUUCAUAAGCAAACUUGAUGGGAUUGUGGUUGUUUUGUUCUCUCAGCAGCACAAACAAAACCAGAAUUUAGCCUUUAGGACUGCUGAGUAAGCCAAAUUUAAAUGAUUACUGCUUUGAUCAUGGGUAAGCCAUGUGCUUUUCAAAAUAAGUGCCACUAAAAACCACAUAAUGCUUAGGUUUCUAUGUGGAUAAUAUUUAGUCCUAUAGUUUAUCUUAUUUGUUAAUGAUUUUUCUGUCUUGAAUGCCUCAUAUUAAAAAAAAAAAAAAAUGUGCCAUGAGAGCAGUUCAAACCUGCUUCAUACUUAUGAUGGUCUGAAAUAUAGUAUGUGUUGAAUUUUACCAUAUCUGUUCACCAGUGAGCAGAAGAUACACAGUGACCCCACCUCACUUGCUCCUUUUGUUUCAGAAAGCCCAGAGGGUUGCUCAGACCUCAGGAGCUGUCUGCCAAGAGUGCUGCAGACUCUUCAUUGCUACCUCCAAAACUAAGACUAUUCACUUGGUGGUGGUUCUGAGGCAAGGAUUAUAGAGUCAGAAAUUGUAGACUAGGGGGAGUCUCCUAAUUAAUUCCUUCAUCUUUCAGGUGAAGGAAAUGAUCCAUGCCAGAGAUCCCUAAUCUCACCUGUAGACUGUGUCCCAGUGAGAGAAUCACAGCGUCAGGUGUUUGCUGAAUCCAGGUCUGAGAUCACAAUCCCACCUGAGGACAGGAUCCACAUAUGAGAGUCACAAAUUGGCAUAAUUGAUUUGUGGUAGAGCUGAGAUUAGAAUCCAGAUUCCUAGUCUAGUACCUUCCCACUGUACCCACAUUAUGUCUGCAGAGGGGAAAAAGGAGCAGCUCUUAAGAAAUAGAAUACUAAGGGCCCCCGUGACUGUGUGGCCCUGGGCAUCCUCAGUUUCCUCAUUUGGUAAAUGGGGAUAAUAGUACCUACCUCUUAGGCUUGGUGUGAGGAUGAAAUGAGCUAGGGAAUAUAAAGCAAGCAGAUAGUGGCUGGCACAUAGUACAUGCAAUAUGUUUGAAACUAGUUAAGGAAUUAUAAAAACAAAUGAGUUCUUCCUUCUCAAAAAUACUGAAUUUUUUUUCCUUGUACUCUGUGAAACACUGGACAGCUCCAUUUAGAGAAACAAAUUCUCUGCCCUCAUAGAAUCCUAAUUGUUUCUGUAUGUGUCUGGUGUUUUGCACACACGCCCAAAAAAAAAAAAAAAAAAAAGUGCUUGGAUUUCUCCACCUUCAGUCUUAGGGAAUAAUAGGGCAUGCUUCCUGUCCCCGCAACUUACUCUUCAUCUUCAACUCUCACAGUUCAAAUGGCUCCAGUGCUGUGGGUGAGUGUGCCCCUGGUUGUUAGCUAACAACCAUUCAUUAGCAAAAUAACCAAAUUUUGUGAGCGGUAAAUAGCAACAAGCUUCCCAGGCCCUGCUGCCCUGAGCAGCAGGUGGCUAGUGCUCAGCUGACUGGAAAAACUGGUCCAUUCCACCUGUCCCAGAAACCUUAGUGCAGAGGUAACUAAUAUGCAUAAUGUUCACUCCAAAGUAAGAGAUAAUUCUAAAGUCUAAAAAAACCAAUAAAAAAGUGUUCAGUAUAGGUUAUGAUGGGCAUUUCAUUCUUUAAAAUUCAGUAAUUCCUUUGAAAAAAUGGUGUUUCUUUGUAAGCAGUAGUUUGCCUACAUCAUUUACUUAUUCUGUUUUUUUCUGCUUUGGGGUUUUUUUUUUUUUUUUUUUUUUGAGACAUAGUUUCGCUCUGUCCCCCAGGCUGGAGUGCAGUGGUGUGAUCUCAGUUCACUGCAACCUCCGCCUCCUGGAUUCAAGCAAUUCUCAUGCCGUAGCCUCCCAAGUAGCCAGGAUUACAGUUGCCCACCACCACACUGGCUAAUUUUUUGUAUUUUUUUUUUUUUUUUAGUAGAGGUGGGGUUUCACCAUGUUGGCUAGGCUAGUCUCUAACUCUUAUCCUCAAGUGAUUUGCCUGCCUUGGCCUCCCAAAGUGCUGGGAUUACAGGCAUGAGCCACUGCACCUGGCCUACUUACCCCAUUAAUGAAAAUAUCUGAUUGGACGGAACAUCUUAUUCCUUAACUCUGUUGUGUGCUUUUGUAGACUGUUUUUACUUACUGUAGACAUCUGUUGCUCCAGAGUCUCAAAAAUCAGUAUGGUGAGUUCAGCACAAUUACUAGGAGGAGACAAAAAGAUAUCUUCUUAAUUAGUUGAUAUCAGGGAUAGUUCUAGUUAUUGAUUGCUGUGUGGAAAACACUUGAAAACUCAGUGGCUUUAAACAACACCAGUCAUUGAGUUAUUUCUCAUUAUCCUAAGAACUGACUGGGCUCAGCCAGACAGUUCUUAUUCAGGUUCUCAUGCAGUUAUAGUCAUCAUCAUAUUGUGGCCGGGACUGGAAUCAUCUCAAAGGCUUCCUUAGUAUUUCCGGCAGUUGAUGCUAGGACCUCAGCUAGUGCUGGGGCUGGAACAUAUCUACAUGUAGCUUCCCCACAGCAUGGUGGCUAGGUACUAGGAGUGACUGUCCCAAGAGGACCAGGCAGAAGCAGUUACCUUUUAUGACCUACUCUCAGAAGUCACAUAACAUCACUUCCACUAAAGUCCCAACGCCCCUCCCCUCCCCCCGAUUCAAAUGGAGGAAGCAUAUAUCCCAUCUCAGUGGUAGGAAUUUCAAAGAAUAAAUUCUGUGAAACUGUCAUAGAUAAGUCUGUUUUCUCCCCUGUUUAACUUCCUGAGGACCUCAUGCUUCUGGAUAAAGCUCAGGCUCUUCAACGUGGUUUAGAAGGUCCUUCCUAAUCUGGCCCACGUUUGUCCAUCCAGCUCCAACUCUUGCUACUCUACACCCCUCUUCCCUGCUUGUGGAAUGGCUAAUUCCUACUCAUCCUUCAGGUCUCAGCUUAGACAUCUUUUCAUCUGAGAAGGCUUUCUGGUCUAGCUCACCUGGUUAGGUGAACUCCCCAUGUGCCUCAUGUACCUCACUUAUCAAAGCGUUUAUCAUAUGCCUGUCACUGUCUGUUUUCUUCACUAGACUCAGGUGCCAUGUCUGUCCUUUCUUGUCUGUUUGCUGGGUGCCUAGCACUGUAGGGAAUGUAACAGAGGAUUAGUACUUAUUUAACUCACCAGCUGAUUUAACUAUAUUGUAUAACAAUGUUGGUGGUCAUAUUGGUCUCCCAUGGACAGCUUUUCCUCUCUAAUACCAUACACUCAGUGCAGGGUUUGAAUGUCCCGCCAAACUCAUAUGUUGAAAUCUAAAUCCCCAAGGUGUUGGUAUUAGAUGAUGUAGCCUUUGGGAGGGAAUUAGGGUGGUGCCCUCAUGAAUGGGAUUUGUGCCAUUAUAAAACAAGCCCAAAGAAAUUUGGUCGCCCCUUCCUUUAAGCGAGGACAUGGCAAAAAGGUACUGUCUAUGAACCAGAAAGUGGGCUCUCACUAGACACCAAAUGCUGGCGUCUUGUUGUUGGAUUUCCCAGCCUUCAGAACUGUGAAAAAUAUAUUUCUGUUAUUUAUAAGCCACCCAGUUUUUGGUAUUUUGUUAUAGCAGCCUGAAGAGACUAAGACAGCCAGUCCCAAGCUUCCACAUUUAGACCUGACUCCCAAGUUUUGCUCAGCCCACUGUGUAUCCCUUCCUCCUCCCAACUAAAGUGUCCCCACUUUUUAUCCUGUUCUGCCCAUUAUUCAAGGUCUAACUUCUGUCACUUUUUCAGUGAGGCAUUUGCAAGUUGUUUAAAUCCUCAAGGAUUCUCCAUUCACCAUAUCUAUAUUGAGCAUCUACAAAGUUCAAGGCACUACGAAGGACUUUUUACAUGCCACAGGGAAAAGACAAGAACUCUGUCCCAACACAGAAGAUUUUAGCCUGCCACAUUGACUCCCAGGGACCUUUUGGCCCAUUUAUUUGCUUGUUGUUUCUGUAGGAGGUGCUCAUUACAGUGUGGUCAAAUUCCUACUGAAGAAUGGACUUGACUGUGAAAUAAAACAAUCCUGGGAAA